AGUGGUACACGUAGUUUGCCGAAGCUGACCUAUAUAAAGAAUCACAACAUUUCGAGGAACAUCUCAAACUCAGUAGUACAAGUAGCAGUGGAGGGAUCGCAGUUCAGUAAUUACUAUCUUGAGAAUUUCAAACACAGGCAGUUUAGGAGUGUAGUGUUAUAUAUAAGUUAUAUUUUUUAUGCUUAGGCCUAUACUAAUACAUUUGUUUAUCACAUAUUACGUGAUGAACUGUAUUUGUAACUUUUACUAGGUCAGUUGUCAGUACUUAAAUUAACGUGAACCGAUAACAACAGUCGGGCUAGUUUGCCUCAUUCAAGUCAUUCGAACUGCACAAACAACGCCGCUGUUGACAACACCUAGCAAAAUAAAUUGAAGCCUACAUUACAAUUACAAGCUAAUAGUAAUAAAAUGAUGGCGGUAAGUAAUAAUUAAUUGUCCUGGAUCCUUUUCAGUCAAUUUUUGUCUCAAUAACUGUACUGUAGACUAAUGAAAUGUUACGUUAAAAUACAUUUAAAAAGGCUAAUGACUAAUGUAAUGUGUGUGUAUGGGAAGGGGGUUAAAUAUUUUAAUUAGUUGGUGACACCUGGUGAGGUAAACUCAUGGUGUCACACCCCCCCCCCCGCCCCACUUCCACUAUGGAUUUCUUCUUGUUAACAUAAAUCAUAAGUCAAGUCCAUAGUUUCAGUUAUAGCUAUUUUUACAUUAAAUUUCUUUAUUUAAAAUAUUCCUUUCCUGUACUUUAAUGCUGCAAACCUGUCAAGCACUUGAUCAAAAUCAAUAUCCUUCACGGCAUCACUUUCAAUAGAUAGUAAAGAAACCCUUAACUGUCCCAUGUUGGAUCGUAAAUUGUUCUUGAUAAACCUUAGUUUUGAAAAGCUCUACUCACAUGAAGCCACAGACAUACAGAUCGUAAGAAACAAUAGAAGGCUUGGCUUAGCGAAAGUAUUGGAAGAGAUUCUAGGAAGUCCCAUUCAGCUAUGAAUUUCAAAACAUCAAAUACUGACCAGUCCAUAACUUUGUGAAGCUCAAUAUCAGCUGCCUUUAGGUGUCUUUUAAGCCUUGGUAUUUCCUUUAAAAGUUCAUCUUAUGAUAUAUCAUAUAUCAACAUAGAAAGAGGUUAAUUUUGGAACGGAUACCAAUAACUCUUCUUUACCUGCUGAUAAUAGACUCAUCGUUUGAACAGCCCCAGACAUAUCUGAUACUUCCUUGAUCGCUGAUGAUCUUACCUGGGGUUCAGAAUGAAAGCUGUCAAUGCACUCCAGCAUCUCCUUACUGGUUUCUUCUCGCAGAGAGAUUCCAGCAUCUAUUAAUUGUUCUCCUGCCAUUUUCUUCAUAACCUAAUCUUCUCUCCACCGAAAUUGCAUAUCGGUCUGAUUUUAAAAGUGCCAUUUCAAUGGCAUGUUCCACUAAGUGACAGCGCUGGUUGUGAAGAAACAAUCUUAAGGCCUCUAGGUUGGUCAACACUUAGUCUGCAGAUAUAUUUGGUUUAAUAAACUAUUAAAUAAAAUUUAAGUACAUCUAAAUUAAUUAUUAAAAGAUAUUAAAACAUUGUGGAAAAUAUUAUUUUGUUAACCCUUUAAAUGGGUAAAAAGUCAUUUUUAAACAUGUUUUUAAUUUGUACCGAUCUGAUUCCUGUACUUAGAAUUGCCCGACCACAUCAUACUUGAUAUCAAUGGAAAGCUUUAUUAAUCAGAAUUUAGAUAAAUCUUCCUGUCACUUACGAAGGUUACCGUACACUUCAAUCGUUAUUGAGUCAUUCUGACACAUCAACCUUGAAUUUUUAAUAAAGCAUGCAUUUGGAUUGUUACAUGUAUGGAAAAUUUACGUGUAAUCAGUUAUCCUUUUAUGAAAAUUGGAUAGACAGAGCAGUGUGUGCUUUGUUAAUAGGUAAUUUUUCAAUUGGUGUCACCCGGUGCGGUCUGCACCCCCCCUAGCUGCGCCACUGCUAGUUAGACUAAUUAAUACUAAUAUUAAUUGGCAUGGCAUAGGCCUAGGCUACUGUAUACUGUCGCUACCAUAUGUAAUGUAACCCCUAUGAUGCAAUGAAGUGUAAGCUUCUUUAAUUCUACCAACUUACUUUAGGGGAGACUCAUGACUUAUGUGAUUUUGAAAAAUUUAACUUUAAUUUAACAUCAUUAUAAAUUAUACCUAUAUUAAUAUAUAUAAAUAUAAUAUAACAUAUACCAUUAACAUGGGUUUCAAACAUGGGUAUUAAGUAUUCUAUUGUAAAAUACUCAAUACCCAUGUUUGAAACCCAUGUUAAUGGUAUAUGUUAUAUUAUAUUUAUAUAAAUUAAUAUAGGUAUAAUUUAUAAUGAUGUUAAAUUAAAGUUAAAUUUUUCAAAAUCACAUAAGUCAUGAGUCUCCCCUAAAGUAAGUUGGUAGAAUUAAAGAAGCUUACACUUCAUUGCAUCAUAGGGGUUACAUUACAUAUGGUAGCGACAGUAUACAGUAGCCUAGGUAUAUGCAUUUCACUAAAAAAUAAUUAAGUGGACAUGGUUAUUAUCUCUGUGUGUGUGUAUAAUAUAUAUAUUUAUAUAUAUACACAUACAUGCUUUUCUAAUACCUAGUUAUUAAGAUGGGUGAGUGACAAUUAUAAAAACGUUUCUUAAAACAUUUAGCACCCCCUCAACCUCCCUUCCUCAACUUUCCCAGUUGAAAAACUAAACGUUGAAUGUAUUCUAUUUUAGUCAUUGCAACCAUUUAACUGCGCUAUAAUAUAAAUGUUGUUAAUAAUUUAAGCAUGUGGUAAAAAGGAGAACCAUUGAGCUAAUUUGGUAAUAAAGGACAGCUGACCAAUAGAUCGGUAAAUAAACUAAAUAUACCGUUACCUGCAUAUUAAUUUGGUGCAAACCUUAUUUGAUAUAAAAAAAAAUAUUAAAUUUUGCAGUAGCUUGAGCAAAUCUCUACCAAAAAAAGCCUGCUCCUAACCCCUAGUGUCAAUUUUUAAAGUUAAACAAAAAAAAAUUCCCAUUAGUAAUUAAAUAUUAGCUAGGUCAUAUCUACUGUCACUGAUAAGAUUUACAGAUAAGGUUUAAUGACAGGUCAACUAAUAAUAUUUAUUUGGCAGUUUUAAAUAAAUCACAAACAGCUACAAUUUCAACUGACUGUAGAGGACACAGUGUGGUUUCCCAAAGUGGCUCUUAAUUUUAAGUUUUGACACUAUACAUUAUUAUGUUAUCUUUUAAUUUUAAGAACUGAUGAUUUAAAGAACCGGUAUCAUUUUUGUAACUUUACCUUAAAGCUUUACUUGUUCUUUUUUUGUUCUUUUAUUUUUUUAGCUGCCUCUCUUGUUUAAGUUUCUUUCCAGUCCCACAUUUUCAAGCCAUGUUUCCAAUCAAAUCUUUUGUUCCCAAAAAUUCAAAUAAAAUGAUGAUCUGUAUGACACACUAUACUCUGACAUAAAUUUUUAUUUUUCAUUACAGGUAAGCCAACAGCAAAAUAAGGAAUCUAGAUCUGGCCUCUUGCAAUUUUUGGAGGAUGCGCUAAAUAACAAAAAGAUCAAAGGCCUUGAAUGGAUAGACAAAGAGAAGAAAAUCUGGCAGCUCCCGUGGAAGCAUCACAGACCGACCAGGUGGGGUGACCCUGACUCAUUUGUUCUUUGCGAAAUAGGAAAACAUAUGUAUGGCUUUACAGGCACCGAGCCUGCACAAGAGGAUCUGAAAAAUUGGAAGGAAAAGUUUCGCAAUGCUUUAAGAAGUCUAGGGGUUAAGGAGCUUGAAGAACACCGUAAUCAAGAGGGGAACAAUCCCAUUAAGGUGUAUCAGUUUAAUAAUGACCCAAUGGGUGGACGCAAAACAAGAGGGCGUACCCGAGGGGAAACAGUGAUUGCAAGAAGAUCAAAUAACCAAAAUCAGCUCCUUAAUCCUCAAGACAUGAGCUGCUCAAAUUCUGGCUCAGAUGUUUUUGACCAGUCUACUGACUUCACUUCUUUCUUUAAAAUGCCAUUCAGGAGCCGAAGUCCUGUCCAUGAGUUUAGUGACAUAAAUACUGAUGGUUUCUCUGGCAAUUUGGACAGUAUGACUCCCAAUAUUCCUCACGACUUGAUUGGUGACAUUGAUGUGACCCCAAACAUUCCUCUGGACUUGGUUGGUGCGAGUAACUUAAAUGCAGUUAGUGCUCCUUUUAGAAGCAGCUACAUACCAAUACCAAGCCCACUAGUGGCUGAAAAUAGAAAUAUUGUAGAAAAUAGCCCCAACCACUGCAGUAAGAUCUUCAGAGCAAACACUUAUCUGUUUACUAAUCUUCAAAAUUCCAAAGGUCUUGUAGCGAACAAUUUAGGUCGACUGCCUGCUCAUCAAAUGAACAUAUCUGAGCCUUUGAUCAAUCAGAACAUUCCCAACAUGAUUUGCUUCAAUAAAGAAAAUCAUCAUAAAGGUAUCAAGUGUUUGGAUGGUGUGGUCCAUACAAAAAAUGCUUCUGGGCAUGUUAUGAAUAAUGUUUCAGGUUAUGAUUUGAACGAUGGCACAGGACAUGCUAUUACUAAUGAUGCAGGACUUUCUAUUACUAAUGGUGCAAGAAAUGCUAUUCCUAAUGGUGCAGGACUUUGUAAUUCUAAUGAUGCAAACUAUCAUAUGCCUAGCUCAUGUGAUAUGAAUAUAGAUCUAGUAGAUCUAGAUCAUUACUUUAUGAAUUCCCGUCCAGAAGAGGUUAACGCACCUCUCAUGGUACUGGAGGUAAAGUAUCACAAUGAGACUGCUCUGUAUGAAUCCAUCACUGAAGAUACCUUCCGAUUUUGCUAUGUGCCCAACAAUAGGCUCCGAGAGGUCAUCACCAGUUGCCCCUCUGAAGAGCAGUUUGGACCUACUGGGGCCAGACUUAUUGAGCUACCCAGUGCCCAUUUGUGCCCUAAUCUGAAUGAGCAAGAAGUUGCUGUCACCCAGGGUGUUCUAAACAAUAUGGAAAGAGGUGUCACCAUCUUCUACCGUAAUGGCGAUAUCCAUGCCAAACGAUUGUGCAAAGCUGUACCAUUUCAUUACAUUCCUAAAGAGAGGAAAAGCCAGAAACUGGAAAGAGAAACUGAGGUUAAAAUAUUUGAUUUCAAUUGUAAUUUCCUGAAGAGUGGAGGACAGUCACAACCAUUUGUCUUUUUGUCAUUCUCUGUUAGGGAUCCUGAGCGCGUAAAAGCACCGGUCCUGUCAGUUAAGCUGUCGCACAUACUGGCAACACAAAUAAAACGUAAUAUGCAGUCCACUUAUCCAAUCUCUGUUGAGCCAGAAUGCUCACUCUCCAACGAAUUCGACACACGACUCAAAAUUGAGCAGAACCUUUUAAGCGCAUCUUGAUGUCAAACUAAGAAUGUUAAAUUUUUAUAUUUAAAAAAUAGCUUUUUUCAUUAGGAGUACUGAAACCUUAUGUCUAAGAUUAUAAGAUCAUCUGAAUCAUUGAGAGAUUGAAAAAUUAUUGUAUUCAUACUGUAUAUUGGUUGCAAAAUAUUUCUCUUUGGUUCUUUAAAAUUAAACUCUCUCAGUUUUCAGGCUCAUAUGUAAGGCCUGGAAAUAAAUAUUUUUUAAAAGGGUUUUGUCCUUUUCCCCUAAACUGUUUGUCCUUUUCCCCACAUUGUUUAAAACAGGAUUUAAAAUAUUUUAAAUGUCCAAAAAAAGUCUUUAGGUUCUAAAAGUCAUUAAGAAAUUAUGCACAUUUUAACAAAUAUGUAAAGGCAGAUAUUUAUGAGUUUUUUUAGCAGAUUUUUCAAAAACAAUAUGUGUAGCUUAUUCAGCUUGUAAAAAAAAAACCUUAGUAUUUUGAUAAUUUGAAUUAAAUUAAAUAUGGUUUGAAUUAUUGUUAAAACUAAAUUUAACUAUGACUUUAGCCAUUUGACCAUACAAUUUUUUAUAUUGGCUGAUUUUUGUCACCUGGCUAAUGACUGAGUAUCCAUUUGUAUUAGAUUGCCUGCUAAAAAGAUUUACUAUUCCAGUACUGUACCAGUACUUAAUGGUGUUAUUUGUGUAUCUGUUUUAUCUGAUAUGUGCUGUUUGACCUAUAAAAUUAACUGACUUAGUAUAAUUUUUUUUUUUUAAACUAUCUAUUUUCAU